AAUUGCGAUUUCUUUUUUAGAGAUGGGUUCGACCCCAAUUGCGAUUUCCGCCUCCUCCCACGCCCACGGCGGCUGGUGGGGCGGGAGAGGCAGUUUCGUAAAUAGCAGGAAGAACGGCAGGAAUAACAGUAACAGGUAUCUCAGCGUCAUUUCAUCUGCUCUCGUUUUCUUCCUAAUUUCGUUUCUGUUGCUGGGUUCCAUGGCUUGCCUCUAUGCUCGGCUCAUGCUGACACCUAAUGUCCACACGAACCUGCCCGUGAAGGGAUGCCGUGAAGACAAUGAGGGUUCUUGGGCAAUUGGUGUUUUUUAUGGUGACUCUCCUUUCUCCCUAAAAUCCAUUGAAGACAUGAAUAUACAUAGUAACAAGAGUGCAGCUUGGCCGGUGGCCAAUCCGGUUCUAACUUGUGCUUCAGCUUCACAAGCUGGGUUUCCUAGUAAUUUUGUUGCCGAUCCUUUCCUUUAUGUUAAGGAAGACGCUCUUUACCUGUUUUUUGAAACAAAGAACCCCAUCACAAUGCAAGGGGAUAUUGGAGUUGCUAAAAGUGUUGAUAAAGGAGUGACAUGGGAACAGUUGGGCAUUGCAUUGGAUGAGGAUUGGCAUCUCUCAUAUCCAUAUGUCUUUGAGUACAAUGGGAAUAUAUAUAUGUUACCUGAGGGUAGUGAUAAGGGAGAACUUAAACUGUACCGAGCUGUAGAUUUUCCCACAAAGUGGGUGCAGGAGAAGGUACUAAUGAAAAAGCCCAUCAUAGAUCCUUCUAUAAUUUCACAUGACGGGAAAUAUUGGCUGUUUGGUUCAGAUCAUAGUGGCAUUGGGGCCCAAAAUAAUGGACAACUAGAGAUAUGGUAUAGUACCUCCCCUCUUGGCCCUUGGAGGCCCCACACGGAGAACCCCAUUUACAACACAGACCCAAGCAGGGGAGCCCGGAGUGGAGGAAGACCGUUCAUGUAUGAUGGGAACAUAUACCGUGUUGGUCAAGACUGUGGUGACACGUAUGGGAGGACAGUCCGCAUAUUCAAAAUAGAAAAUCUCACGACACAUGAGUUCAAAGAAGUUGAGGUUCCAUUUGGCAUUCAAGAAUCUAUCAAGGGGAUAAAUGCCUGGAAUGGGGCCCGCAGCCAUCACUUUGAUGUGAAACGCCUGGGCUCGGGAGAGUGGAUUGCCUUUUUGGAUGGGGAUCGUGUGCAUUCAGGUGAUGCUACCCACCGGUUUGCUCUCGGCUUUGCUUCUGUUGUCGGUGUUGUAGUAAUGCUCAUAUUUUUGGGUGUUUUACUUGGGGCCAUCAAGUGUGUUGUCCCUUUGACUCGGCAUUCACGCAAUAUGGGAAAGAAGAGUGAUUCUUUUUCAAUCCGUGAAGAAGAAUCAAAGGACCCAUUCUCUAUGAAAUAUUGGUUUUUUUGCUACCAAUUGAACCAACUAUGCACAUUUCUACGGGCCAAAAUAAAACCAAGCACGUGUCCAGGAGCUUUGGUUCUUGCCUUGACAUUCUUAACCGCGGCUGCUUUGGCGUGUUUAGGCGUCACCCACAUCUAUGGAGGCAGUGGUGUCCAAGAACCGUACCCUAUGAAUGGUCACUACUCUCAAUUUACUCUACUGACCAUGACAUACGAUGCCCGCAUGUGGAAUUUGAAAAUGUACAUCAAACACUACUCGAGAUGUGCUUCAGUCCGUGAAAUCGUCGUUGUGUGGAACAAGGGAAAGCCCCCACUGGCGGAAGACUUCGAUUCGGCAGUGCCAGUGCGGAUAAGGGUGGAGGAGAAGAACUCGUUGAACAACCGGUUCAAAGCUGACCCCUUGAUAAAGACGCGAGCCAUUCUUGAGCUCGAUGAUGACAUCAUGAUGACAUGUGACGACGUCGAGCGGGGUUUUCUUGUGUGGCGUCAGCAUCCAGAGCGGAUCGUGGGGUACUACCCUCGCCUAGCGAACGGGGACCCCUUGGAAUACAAGGCAGAGAGACAUGCCCGGAAGCACAACGGGUAUAACAUGAUACUGACCGGGGCAGCAUUCCUUGAUGCUGAAAUGGCUUUCAAACGAUAUUGGAGCAUGGAGGCUUUGCCAGGACGAGAAGUGGUUGACUCGUUUUUUAAUUGUGAGGAUGUACUUUUGAACUACUUGUAUGCAAACAUGAGCUCUUCUUCUUCGAGCACGGUUGAGUAUGUGAAACCAGCGUGGGCGGUUGACACUUCAAAGUUUUCAGGUGUUGCAAUUAGUGGUAACACACAAGCUCACUAUCAUGUUCGGAGCAAAUGCCUCCGUAAAUUCUCUGAGAUUUACGGGAGCAUAAUGAACCGGAAAUCCAAAUUUGGCAGCCGGAAGGAUGGCUGGGAUGUAUAGCGUUGUAUAAAACUUUGUUACUAAUUUCUUACUAUUUGUUUAUUUUUUGUGGUGGGUUAAGUUGUUUGGGUGCAGAAGUUAUGCUUUAGCCUCUUUGUAGACUGAAUGAUCACUUUACUUCUUAUGUUUUUUUUUUGUAUAUGGAUGAGUGUAGUCAGAUCAUGUUUAUCUUCAAGGUGAAAUGCAUACUUGUUCUUCAAACAUUUGCUCCGGUAUUGUUUUGAUUUUAAUUUUCUUAUUUUCAAA